UGUGAAUGAAAGUUGGCGUGUGCUCGCUGUUGUAGAAAACGAUGACUCGGUAGCCGGAAGGGCUCGAGGGCAGAGCAUGAGGGCCGGCGAGGAAACGCGGAAAGAACGUUCACAGUUCGGCGAACCGGUUAAUGAGUGUCAGUCACCGAACGCAGCUGGGCACGUCUCUGUCUCCAGCUCUCCAGCUCCAGGUUGGAGAUGAGUACGACGAGGGAGCUGAAUGCGGCGACCGUUGCGUUGACGACGAGCACGAUGACCACGGCUACCACGACCACGAAGCUGGACGUCGAAGCCGAGGACGACGAGGAGCCGCUGACCACGUUCGAGGCGCUGGAUAUGGAUCUGGUGAACGGACCGAAUCCGUGGCUUCCGGCCUACGGCUUCCAGCUACAACAUCGUUCCCAUUUUCAACCGGUGCACGAGGAUCUACGGACUAAUGAUACGGUGCUGUUGCAGCAAGUGGACUUUCUAGAAACUAUCCUAGAAGAAACAUCCGACGAUCUGCAAAGUGAUUCCGAUCGGAGUGGGACCACUUAUUGGGUUGGCUCAGACUCUGAAACCGAAAGCGUGAUACACAUAAGAGCGAGGCAAAGAUUGGCCGACGAGAGGCUGGAUGGCAGCGGCAGCGAAUGCAACUCCGUGGUGCCGAAGAAGAGACGUCGAAAGUACAACGGCACCGGCGAUCAACGGGAGCAUCAGGCGACCUUCGACGACUAUCCAGCAUCGCCUAGGUCAUCGAGGUCGUCCGCCUCUUCAAGGUCUAGCUCCCUAUUACAAUUCGAAUCUUUAGAAAGGACCUGUGCCACACUGUCGCCGUCCAGUUACAGCUUCGACUCGCUGGAGUAUCCGAAUCGAUCGAACGCCUCUCACCCUGAGAACACGUCGCCGGAUAGCCUCGAGCAGGACUACGACAAGGUCUUGCCGAACGGUUUCGGGAACACCGUGGACCACUUCUCCAGGAUCAGGCCUUACCGUAGCUUCGAGAGCCUGGACACGUGUCAAAAGGAGGAAGAGUUUGGCCACGGUGAUCUCAUCAAUGGGUUCGCACCUUUGUACCUGAAACGAAACACAGACUACGCGUCGAGAACGCGUAGCAAUGUCUACAAUGGCUAUCAUCGUCCAAGCAGGGAGUUCGUCCACGAGGACGAAGAGUACGACGAGGACGACGAGGAUCUCGACGAGGAGGAUGAUCGUAUGAUGAAGGACGGUCGAGCCGGGACCGAGCUGGAUGAUCGGCUGAUGGUGUUCGGCGACUCCGCGUGCAACUACGCGACGUCGUUGGACUACAGGAACACGAUCGACCUGCGUGAGAUCGGCGUCGAAUCGAAGAGGGACACGUUGUUGGACCUGAAGUCUGGCCAGGCGGCCGUCUCGAGUUCGUUUCGUCUGCUGCAGACCAAGUUAAAUAUAGCCGGCAGUAUGGCGCACGGUCGCAACAACAUGGUCGCCGAUCAUCAUCGUCAUUACCACCAUCAUCAUCAGUUGCAGCAGCAGCAGCAGCAGCAGCACCAGCUCCACGGAUACGAGCAGCACGAGCAGCACCAGCGUCAAGGGUGGAGCAACGACGAGUGCUUUAAUUUUAGAUUCACGGAUAAAUCUCGAAGCGCGCCCAGUCUGCCUAGCAGCGUCGACGAGUCCGCACACGGUCCACGCUCGUUCACCUCGUACGCCUCGUCGUCGAGAGUCGCCUGCUUCGUCUCCACGUCGAGUUUGUUUGAGAAUUACACCAGGGUCGCCAGCGUGCCCGUCGAUUUGAAUCUCUGCGGCGUCCACGCGACGCACGACGAUGAUACACGCCGCUCUCCAGUGAGUACGACGCACGAGCACCACGAAAUGGCGGAAGCUUCGGUCGUUCAGGGUAAGAAGCGGCUGGAAAGCGCCGAGGAAAUUCGACAGAACGGCGGUGGCGGCGGCGGCGGCGGCGGCGAGGAGGAGGAAGGCGAGGAACAGGCGAAGAACACGUUGACGAGCUCCGUGAGAACGCAAGCCUCGCAGAACCUUGCGGAGAGAAUGGUGGACGGAAGGAUGGUGGAGAGCGAGAAAGCAGCGGAAGAGCAGCGAAAGGAGGGCGAGGAGUGCGUAGGAGAGCACUGUUCAAAGCCGCGUGAAAGGAAGCAACUGAUCUCGACGGUGAAGACGCAAGAUCGCGGCAACUGUGUGCUCGACAUGGCGAUCGUCAUGGAGAAUGACAUCGACUCGGUGGACGCGGCGAUCAAGCAGUUGAAGCGCGAGGUCGACGAGGCCACCUCCAAUAGCAGCGGUAUCUACGGUGUCCAGAGAACUCCGUCCGGUAGACAGCGGCCGUGGAAAAUGAAGAACAACGCUAGCUACGAGCUGGCCCAGCAGUUCGAAGUCGACGAGAGAAACUUCAGGCCGAGCAGACAUCGCAAGAACGUCAGCAACGACGGCGGUGGUGAAAAGUCGCUGAGAAGCGGACGUAAACGGGUGUUGAACAACGCCAGUUACGAGCUGGCGCAACAGUGCGAUUACAUCAAGGCUCUCCAAUCCUCUCGUGGUGCUUUCAAACGAAUGGACGCUUGCGACGAGCUGGAGGAGUCAAUCUCCGGGCGAUCGUCGCGACUCCGAGUUUCCGACUUGGUGCAGCAAAUGAGCAGCAGCUCGACGUCGAAUCUGCCUAGCUACAACGAGCCGUACGUGGACCUCAGGAGAUACUCAAAGUCCACGGAGAAUCUUUCGACGCAGUUCUCGAUAGCCCCGUUCACCAGGGUCCCGAUCAACCAGCUGGGCCAACGGCUCAAGAAACAAGAGGAGGAAACGCUCUUCAGCCAGAUAAAAAAAAACUCGGAUCCAUUUUCAGCCUAUGGAGACGAUUCUAAUGUCCGUGCCUUAGUAGACGAGGAAAUAGAUUUACCCUGCUUGGAAACCAAACCCAUAGGAACUUCCAGCCUGGAGGGGGGCGUACUACGCGAACGAGAAACAACAAGCGCCCAGGAGCCUCAGGUAUCAUUAACCCCGCAAUGCAAAAAUGUUGAUUCAAACGCUUCGCACAAAGUCGCGGUCACGAGGGACACAGCGAACGAGACGACGAGCUACUCGAAGAGGUCGUUCAUCGGUGAUUUCUAUCCGGAAAAAAUCUUGCGGUUGCAGCGACAGAAGGAGGACCGUGGCGCGGUCGAGCACGAGAUGGACGGAAACGGUAGGAAAAACGAAAGUUCCUCGUCGAUUCGAUCAUCGUCGUCGUCGUCGUCGUCGUCGUCAUCGUCAUCGGGUAGAUCGUCGGCGUGCAACGAUAGAACCGGUGGAGAACUGCUGUGGAGGGUCAUAGUGGAAAAACAAGCCGCAGAGAAGAAGGAGGAGAAGGAGGCGGAGGAGGAGGCUUCCGCGGAGAAGGUUACGAAGGAGAAAGAGAAGGAGAAGGAGGAGGAGAAGAAGAACGAGAGAGAGCAAGAGCCAAGAAGGGAGAAGGAGGAGGCGGCAACGGAAGCAGCGAGGGGACAUACUGUCCACGGUGUUCGUUGCCCCCCACUCGGCGGUAGCAGCAACAGCGACGGCCUGGAACCCAGUGAACGGAGUGGGAAUCCAGCGGUGGCCGUGGCAGUUGAUACGAAUCAUCGCGGUGAUCGCGACAAACGUCACGAGGAGAACGCGGCGGCAACAACAACUGCGCCGGUUAGGGUAGACGACAAACACGACGGCCACGCGACUAUGUCGGCCACAACGACCACAACGAAACCACGGCCGUUCGUCGCGGCGCCCGUGAAGGGAUCCAAGAACGAGCCAUCCGCCGCGAGAUUCCAGCGGAACAUGGUCGUUGACGCGUCGUCCGCGACCACCGUGAAGGAGGAACGGAAAAAGGGUGGACUCGGUGGAUUUCUCCAACGAUUCUCGCGGCUUCGGUUCAGUGGUAGGUCGAAAGUGCCGCGGUCCGAGGUGCAGAAAAAGAGUGACACGAUCGGCCAAGUGAACCGCGCCAAGGUGACCGAGCAGAAGGUUAAAAAGGAGCCGGACUACAUCAUCAUUCCGUUGCAUCCUCCCGAAGAGGAGAGGCAGAGGCAGGAGCAGAACGCCGCCGCGGAGCGCAGAAUAGACACUGGCAAUGACAGAACCGUUCAACCGAGCUCCUCCAUUAUAAGCGCAAACGGGAGGGCGCCAGUGUCCAGCAAGCCACCCCUGCCUCCACAGCCGCCGCGCGUCGGGGCGCUGGGCUCGAGAUCGUCGACGGGCGCGUCGGCGGCGUGUUCGUCGCGCCGACGCGCGGCCACGGACCUUGGAAAUCCGGCGGCCAUCGAGAUGGCGAAAGCCCGCACGAUGCAGGCCGCCCAGGAGCGCCCGGUCGGCCUGCUCGAGACCGACCUCGACGAGGCUGUGCCGUCGACGACGAGCACCACGACCAUCACGACGACGACCACCAUCAACAACAGCGUGGCCGCAGCCGCCGCCGCCGCCGCCGCCGCCUCUGCCUCUGCCUCUGCCUCUGCCUCUGCCACCGCGAACGCCGCCGGCAAGAAGACCAGGAGUCUGCUCAAUCUGAAUCACACCUCGGCCGCCCCGCGACCCAGGCCCGAGCACGCCCUCCACGUACCCCAGUCGCCUGUCGCCGCUUCGCACAGGAGCCCCCGCGACGACGACGCCGCCUCCACCAUCAACCAACGGCCACACAAAUCCAUGGAGUUCCUCCUCGACAAGGAGAACCUGCAUUUCGUCAAGCCGCCGGAGAACGAGUUGCAGAAAGUCGGCGAACGCGUGCCCAGCGAGCACGAACUCCGAGUGCAGAGAUCUCUGCAACGACUGAACGUCCCGGAUUGGUACAAGAAUUCUCCUGCGGCUCGCGAUGGUUUCCGGUUGAAGAGGCACUCGGACGCGUCGCAACACGGAGGAUGGCGUGCUCUGGGCUCGAAAACCACCUCCCUCUCGUCCCUUUCGUCGUCUUCCAAUAGACAGCCGACUACAGGUGCCCUUCUUAGUCCAAGUCCCACGCCACCUGUAUUCUCAAGAUGGAGUACCAGUCUGCUGAACAGCGCCGGAAGUUCACCAGCAAGUUCAGCGAGGUCGUCCUUCAAUCAUCGACAGCCAUACUUGGGCUGGCGUUCCCAAGAACGGCUAACGAACCCGCGAACACCGGCAGAACGUCUUGCUCAGGGUAUUCUCCCCCAGUUGCAAGCAGCAAACAAGCAGCAACAGCAGCAGCAACAACAGCAGCAGCAGCAGACAACGAAUCAGCAGCUAGAGGUAAGGAACUCGAUAAAGGAGGUUACCUCGGCCAUUGUGCACUACGUGCAAAGCGGUCAGGAGGUUGGUGGAGGUGGCAGGCUGUCACCUCGACCUCGACCUGAAGACUGGGACGACAGGGGCGGAGCAAGGUCGACUAGCCCCAGAGGGAGCGUGAAGCUGUGUUGGAUGGAGAGCUCGUUCGUCGGCACGAGGCCGGUGGAUUCGCCGGAGACGCCGAUGAGCCUGGCCACGGAGACCGACUGCUGUCCCGGAUGCAACGCCACCGCCACCGAGUCGUGCAGCUGCGUCGAUUCCGCCACUUCCGGCCUGUUCUUGGACCUGACGCCGACGCACGACGACGCCCAACAGCAACAUCAUCAUCAGCAACAACAACAACAACAACAGCAACAGCAGCAAGGAAGUGGCGGCGGUAGCCUCUGUCCAUCACCGUCCUCGACACUCAAUUAUCACCAGCACCAUCAUCAUCAUCAUCAUCAUCGUCAGCUUCAUCAUCAGCAACAAGCACAGCAACAACAGCGCCGCGGAUCGGGCCAGAGCGAUACGGACGAGGCGAUGGCGACGGCAGCUCUUCUGCGGAACAAACCAAGCCCGGGUUCCACGACCCUGGAGGACGUCCUUGACUCCCUCCUUGGCCUGCCAUCCGCGUCGCGUACCCCGAGUCCUGGGCCAGGGCCCGUCUCUGUAACCGGCACAUCCGCCACCAUGCGCCAUCGAACUAACGUCGGCCAGGCUAACGCAAAAGCCGGGAAGAGCUGCAGCGACCUACGCCAAGACCUCCAAGAGUCCGCUAGGAGCGUGAUGGACGUGCAAGGAGCCUCCGAGGAGCGUGCCUCGUACUACGUGGGCGAGCUGGUGCGACGAAAGAGCGAGGGUAGCGACACGAUGCCCUCGAAGCAGGGUGCGGCGCAGUCGAGGGGUGGGCCGUUGAGACACCGGAGGGUGUCGUUCGACAGCAACCAGGAGGCGAACGGGCUGGUGGUGGCCGGCAACGUCGCGGAGAAGAUGGUACGCUGCCGGAACAACAAGUGCAGCAACUCGGCCACCCUGGCCGAGGCGAAGAAGACGUACAAGAGCUGUCACAACUGCACCUGCCUGUACUGUUCGCGCGAGUGUCGUCGAGCUCACUGGCAGCGCCAUCGGAGGACCUGCCUGCACUCUCGAGCCGGGAGCCUCUGCAAACAGGUGUUGUCCUCCGCGAAGGAGGACCCGAUCACGUUGAAGCACAUCUCGGCGCUGGCGAAGCGCGGCUACGCGUUCCACGGCCGUGGCGCGGUCAAGUGUUUCUUCUCGAGCCCGGAGGCGGCGGAGAAGUUCAUCGCCAACGGUUUCGUGGACCUCGGCGAGCCGACGUACGUCCGUUGGUCGGACCUGAUGGCCAGAGAGAUGGGCGCGGAACUGUACGCCGAGGUGAUCAGACUCUGCAAGUCGUACAACCCGGACACCCGGCUGGUGUUGUACGUGGCGGUGUGCGUGGUCAGCGAGGUGCCGACCAGCGGCGCGGUGAAGUGGGAGCGUCAGCUGGUGUCCAGAUGCGCGAAAAUCCACCUGGACACGGCCAACAGGCAUCACACGUCCUCGUCGUCCGCCUCGCCGCAGGGCAGGCAACAGUCCACCUCGCCGUGCAACAUCACCAGGGAGAUGGAGUCGCCGGAGAUGCUGGUGCUCACCUCGCUGCCGGGCAACAACGGGCAGAAUACGCCGAAGAAGAUACGGGAGAUCAGUUUCACCAACAUCCAGAGGCAACUGAAGCUGAGGGGCGUGUCGCUGAGGAGGCAUUUCCCGCAGGUGUACAGGAAGCUACGGGCGUACGUGGACGGCACCGUGGACAAGUUCGCACCGGUGACCAUUUACCCGAGAGACCAGGCGUCCGGCAAGAGUUUCAUGUGCAUCAUCAUGCUCGGCGUGGAACCGGAGCGUCUUCAGCUGCUACCCACUGAUUCCUCUAGGGUUAGAACCGUCGACAUUAGCGUCGAGGAAGAAUGAACUCGCCGAAUAGAGAGAAAAAUGCUCCCCGAACUAUCUAUCCCUACCGUAUAGAGAAGCUCUUGAGCGAAAUUUUUUUACUAAAUAAGUAGGAAAAUAAUUUUUCUGCAGGCUGACGACGUUCUCAGAGAGAGAGAGAGAGAGAGAGAGAGAGAGAGAGAAUAAAACGAGAAAUCCGAAUUCCGAGCUUCAUCUUCAGAUUUACGGAAGCCGCGGAGUUCGAAUUAGGUACAUAAUUGAAAUGAAAGUAAAUCCUCUUCGGGAAAAGAUGAUUUACCAAAUCGAGGACACGUCGAGGUAGUCGAUACUUCGUGCGAAGUCGACUAUUUCGUGCGAAGCAACGAACAAAAUAAAAAGUAAGAAAAAAAAAAAAAAGUAAAGAAAAAGACAAAAACAAAUUAGACUACACGUGUUGCCAAACGUUCUCGCCUCGAUCCGGUUUUUCGAGGUCUAGAUCCGAUCUACGUCUACAUGUAGCUACUUUCGAGAAAUCGUCUCGUCGGGUACGUUCGCGUUAGAAUACGCGUCGGUGACGCGUUUAGUUUGCUAUCGUCUUGUUGUGAUCGACGUCCAGUCAGUUACUCGCGAAUCUUAGAGCGCACCUCUGCCUCCGAUUGCUUCGAUAGAUUGGGAAAAAAAAAAAAAAAACCGAUGAAA